AUGGCCGACUACAACUCUCUCUAUCAGCAGGGGCUUUACCUCUCGCCCGGUCAACAGGACCUUCUCAUGGCGGCUCUUUCAUCCAACAAUCCUCAAAAACAGCAGAAUACUCCUAAAAACUCGAAUUUGAAAAACGAUCCGGAGAAUACGCCGGGGCGUAUGUCGUCUGGGGGCUACAGCGCGUCCCCCGGGUUUGACCGCUCCCAGCACUCCGGUAACCUGGGCUUUGAAGACGAGAGUCCUUUCCUUGACUUCAAUCCCGACCUUGACUUUGAUUUCCAAGGCUCUGAAAGCUUGAUUGGUGAUCUCCCGGGAAGCGUCCCGUCCGAUGACCCUGAAGUUGGAGAAAAGAGAAAAGAUCUAGAAGGACGCUCGGAUAACGAAAACGAAGACUCGGGCAAGAAGCGGAGGGAGAGCGACGACAAAACGGCCAAGAAGCCAGGGCGAAAGCCACUGACCUCUGAACCAACUUCUAAGCGCAAGGCCCAGAAUCGCGCAGCUCAGCGGGCGUUCCGUGAACGCAAGGAGAAACAUCUGAAGGAUCUGGAAACCAAGGUGGACGAAUUGCAGAAGGCAUCGGACGAUGCGAACCAGGAAAAUGGCCUGCUUCGUGCCCAGGUGGAGCGUUUGCAAGUCGAACUUCGUGAAUAUCGCAAGCGUCUCUCAUGGGUCACUACUGGGAGCGGGAUUUCCGCCAUCAACGCCAUUCCAAGCGCCUAUCCCAACAAAGGAACAUCCGGUCUCCACAAUCAUGAUUUUAUGUUCGAUUUCCCCAAGUUUGGAGAUCUGCCGGCCUCGCAUAUCUUCAACAACGGUCAAUCGUCCAAGUCCAACAAUCAAAACAAGCCCAAAGAGGAUCAGCAUGGGUCGCAGCGAAAUGACUCUUACGUCCCUGGUGUCUUGAACAGGGAUUCUCUUCGUUCAUCAAAUGGCCAAGCUUCUGCCAAGCCUGCCAAUUCCCCAACUGUUGCGUCGGAUUCAGCCGGCGCGACCCCCGCCUCCACGAACGGCACAACCAGAGGCCAGGCACCCAAGUAUUCUUCCGCUUACAAUUCUAAGCAGCCGGGGUCCUCGCUUGGUGCAUCCAAUUCAGACUCCCCGUCGUCCUCGUCCGACUCGCAUCAGAGCCAGCUAUUGUCCUCCAGCGGGACUUCCCCCGAGCCGACCACACACUCCCCUGGAAACAAGACCCACGAUGACGGGCACCACUGUACUUACAGCACCAUUGACGGUGAAGAGUCAUUCUGUGCUCAGCUUGGUAUGGCUUGUGGUAACAUCAGAAACCCAAUCCCAGCCGUGAGACACAACAGCGAGAGUGCUUCGAAUACUCCCAACCAGAACGUCCCCGCCGAGGAGCAACCAGAUGAAUCUGACGACAACAACCUUGGACUGGAUUUCCUGGCCCAGCAAAAUGGUGGCCAGUUCGACCCCGUGCUAUUUGGGGACUGGCGGGAACCCCAAGACGCGAUAUUGUCGCAGGAUUUCGGCACUUUCUUUGACGAUGCCUUCCCGCUGCCCGACCUGGGAAGCCCAUCCCAUAACUUGAGCGAGGUGACAAACCAGCAGACACCGCAGGCACAGCAGGCGCCCAAGAAAGAUCUCAUCGCUUCCAUUGAUCAGAAGCUGGACGAGGAGGAAAUGGUGCCCGGGGAGGACAAGUCGCAGAUGCUGUCGUGCACCAAGAUAUGGGAUCGUUUGCAGUCCAUGGAGAGAUUCCGCAACGGCGAGAUCGAUGUCGACAACCUCUGCUCUGAGCUGCGUACCAAAGCUCGGUGCUCGGAGGGCGGCGUUGUUGUCAACCAAAAGGACGUUGACGAUAUCAUGGGACGUGCUCACUAG